ACCCCCGGCACCCCCCGGGACCCCCCGGCCAUGGAGGCGAACGUCAGCGACGAGAGCGGCCCCUUCCCCGCCUACCCCUUCGAUUUCCUGGAUUUCCUCACGCACCAGCGGCCGGAGCCGCCCGAGCCCCCGGAGCCCCCGGGGAAGGCGCUGCCGCUGCCCCCGGGCCCCUUCGAGUACCCGCCGCCCUUGGAGCGCGGGGCCCUCCCCAAGCACAAACCCGAGCCCCCCGCCGCUCCCCCUUCCUCCUCCUCCUCCUCCUCCUCCUCCUCCUCCUCCUCCUCGCACCCCAAGAAACCCGAGGGUUCCCUGGGGGCGGCUCCGUUCCCGGCGCCGCAGCCGCUGCUGGAGGCGGGGGCCGCGUUCCCCGGCCCGCCCUGGGGGCUGCUGGAGCUGCCGGGGCCGCAGCCGCUGCUCGGGGGCCUCAAGCGGGGCCCGGAGGGCGGCGAGGAGCGGAGCUACUUCAGGCGCCUCAAGUACCUGGUGGAGCGGCGCUUCCCGUGCGCCGCCUGCCCCAAGGCGUUCCGCCAGGCCUCGCACCUGGUGCAGCACAUGCAGGUGCACGGGGGGAGCCUCCCGGAACCGCGAACCGAACCGCGAACCGAACCGCGAACCGAGCCCCGCACCGAGCCCCGGCCCUACGAGUGCCGCACCUGCGGCCGCGCCUACAGCCACGGCUCCAGCCUGCUCCGGCACCGCCGCUGCCACCGGGCUGCCGACAGCGAGCCGGUACCGGUACCGGUACCUGCCCCUGUCCCUGCUCCGGUACCGGCCCCGCCGCGCCCCGGGGCUCCCGCCCUGCCCAACGGGCUCAGCGCGGCCCCCGGUGCCGUGCCCGGUGCCGUGCCCGGUGCUCUGACCGGAGCCGUGCCCGGUGCCCUGCCCGGUGCUCUGCCCGGUGCUCUGACCGUGCCGGUGAACGCGGCGCCGGAGCGGUCAGCGCGGUGCUCGGCGGGGUGGCCGGAGCGGUCAGCGGGCGGGGUCAGCGGGGUCAGUGCGGUGACCGGAGGGGUCAGCGGGGUCAGUGGCGUGGCCGGAGGAGUCAGUGGCGUGGCCGGAGGGGUCAGUGGAGUGGCCGGAGGGGUCAGCGGGGUCAGCGGGGUCAGCGCGGUUGCCGGAGGGGUCAGUGCGGUGACCGGAGGGGUCAGUGGGGUGACCGGAGGGGUCACCGGGGUGGCCGGAGGGGUCAGCGCGGUGCUCAGCGUUAACGCGGUCACCAACGUCGCGCCCGGCGGGGCCAGCCCGGUACCCGGCAGGGUUAGCGCCCUGCGCGGCUCCGGUGCGGGGCCCGGCGGGGUCGGUACCGGGCACGGUGGGGUCGGUGCGGGGCCCGGUGGGGUCGGUGCGGGGCACGGUGGGGUCGGUACGGGGCACGGUGGGGUCGGUACGGGGCACGGUGGGGUGGCCACGGGGCCCGGUGCGGUCUCUGCGGCUCCCGGUGCGGUCGGUGCCGCUCCCGGUGCGGUCGUUACAGCUCCCGGUGCGGUCUCUGCAGCUCCCGGUGCGGUCGGUGCCGCUCCCUGUGCGGUCGGUGCCGCUCCCGGUGCGGUCGGUGCCGCUCCCGGCGCGGUCGGUGCCGCUCCCGGCGCGGUCUCUGCGGCUCCGGCCGGGACGGGCGCGGCCCCCGCGGUCUCCGCCGUGCCCAACGGCGUGGGCGCUCUGUCCGGCGGGGUGAACCUGGUGUCGCCGGCCGUGACGGUGGCCGUGCCCAACGGGGUGAUCCCGGUGCCCAGCGGGGUGAUCCUGGCCCCGGGCGGGGUCCCGCUGGCUCCGGUGGGGGUCCCGCUGGCGCCGGGCGCGGCGGGCGCCGAGGGCCCGUUCAGCUGCCCGCUGUGCUGGAAGGUGUUCAAGAAGCCGAGUCACCUGGCGCAGCACCAGAUCAUCCACACGGGCGAGAAGCCCUUCACCUGCGGCGCCUGCGGCCGCGCCUUCAACCGCCGCGAGAGCCUCACCCGCCACGUCAAGACCCACGCGGGGCCGCGGCGGGUGCCGUGCCCGGUGUGCGGGAAGGAGUUCCGCGACCCGGCCUACCUGCUCCGCCACCAGCUGAGCCACGGGGCGCCGCGCCCCGCGCACCGCUGCGACAUCUGCGGCAAAGCCUACGCCGCGCCCCAGAGCCUGCUGCGACACCGCCGCGCCCACGCCGGCGACACCGCCGCCAAUGCCGCCACCAAUGCCACCACCAAUGCCACCACCGCCGCCAGGAGCGUCCCGGGAGCCGGCGGGCGCAGCUUCGGGUGCGGGGUGUGCGGCCGCGCCUUCGGGCGGCGGGAGACGCUGCGGCGGCACGAGCGCAUCCACACCGGGGAGAAGCCGCACGAGUGCGGGGUGUGCGGGAAGCGCUUCCGCGAGUCCUUCCACCUGCGCAAGCACCGCGUGGUGCACACCCGGGAGCGGCCCUACCGCUGCGAGCUCUGCGGAAAGACCUUCGGCUACCCGCAGAGCCUGACGCGGCACCGGCAGGUUCACCGCCCGCCCGCCGCGGCCCCCGAGCCCGCCGCGCCCGCGCUGGGCUGCGGCUCCUGCGGGCAGCGCUUCCCGGAGCUGCUGCGGGCCCCGCCGGGCCCCGCCGAGCGCCCGCACGGCUGCGACUCCUGCGGGCAGGUGCUGGGCUUCCUGGAGAACCUGGUGUGGCACCGCCUGGUGCACCCGCCGGCACCGGAGCGAGCCGUGCCCGCGGCCCCCGGGGAGGCGGCGGCACCGCCCGAGGAGCCCCCGGCGGCGCCCAGCGCCGAGCGCUUCACCUGCGGCACCUGCGGGCAAAGCUUCAAGCGCUUCCUGGCGCUGGUCACACACAAGUACGUGCACCUGGCCGGGGCGCGGCCCCCGGCGUGCGGAGCCUGCGGGCAGCGCUGCUCCGGGGCCUACGAGCUGCUGCUGCACCGGCGGCGGCACCUGCGGCAGCGCCCGUCGCUCUGCGCCGCCUGCGGCCGCCGCUUCUGGGCGGCCGCGCUGCUGCGGCGGCACCGGCGCUGCUGCCCCGCCCGGCGCCGCCCGUUCCGCUGCCGGACCUGCGGCCGCGCCUUCCUGCGGGCCUGGGCGCUGCGGCAGCACCGGGCCGGCCACGCCGGGGAGCGCCCGCUGCGCUGCCCGCUGUGCGCCAAGCGCUGCUCCCACCCCGCCGGGCUGGCCGAGCACCAGCGCCGGCACCGCCCGGGCCGCCCGCGCCGCUGCCGCACCUGCGGGAAGACGUUCCGGUUCCGCUCCAACCUCCUGGAGCACCGGCGCGGCCACCUGGGCGAGGACGUGUACCGCUGCGAGCGCUGCGGGAAGAGCUUCUUCUACCUGGGCUCCAUCGCGCGGCACCUGCGGGAGCACGAGCGGAGCCGCCGCCGCCGCCGCUGCCGCCGCCGCUGCCCCCGCUGCCGCCGCCGCUUCGCCCGCCCCGCGCUGCUCCGGCGGCACCUGCGGGAGCGCGGCUGCACCGGGGCGGCGGCGGCGGCGGCCGGAGCGGGGCCCUGAGGGAGCGGAGCGCGAUGGACGCUCGGACAGGUGGACGCUCGGACAGGUGGACGCUCGGACAGGCGGACCCUCGGACCGAUGGACACACGGACAGGCGAACCCCCCC